AUGUACUUCAAACAUCAGAACGGGUCGUAUAAGCGUGUACCCAUCUACCCGAACGCUCAACUGGGCUUUGAAGGUCAGAACGCAGACCACAUCAAGGGAGGUAUGACGAUAUACUAUACCCAAAAGGACUUCAAUAGUUCCGACCUCGGUAACCCUGUGAGAGCCUUUCCGCCAGGCUUUCGCAUGACUGUCGGCAACCCGUCGACGACGACACUCAAUGGAACCAAGAAAGGUCUGGCUUACACAUGCCUGCAAACCAUUCUCACCAGGGGCUAUGAGACUCCCGACUUCCCAAAGGAGCCAUGCCCAGCCGGUAUUAUGGCUAUCCAGUAA